AUGGCGUCAAGUUUACUGGGCUGUCACAGAACAAAAGCUUCCUAUAGAAAAGAAUACAGUGAGAAAGUCCCACUUUCCAUGUUUUGUCCCUUUGGUUUGGUGAUCCAGUCACAGAAGAUUGUCAACUUUCCUGGUCCAGAUGAAGUAGGAAGCAGAGCCUUUGAGAUCACACCUCCUGGUCUUCUUGCUUCAGAGGCAAUGCAAAGAAUUAAAUUUAUGUCAAUAAGUAAUGAAGAUAGUCAAGAAGAAAGAGAAUGGGUGCCUAAGAAAUACGCUAUCAAGCCGCCCCGGGACCUGACCAGCAGGUUUGAGCAGGAGCAAGAGGAGAAGAGACUACAGGAGAUCAAGGAUCUAGAACUGAAGCGGCUUAAGGAAGAGGAAGAUCGCCUCCUGGUGGGUCUCUACGGCACUGCACCCUUCAUAGCUGGUCACGGAGGCGAAAAAGCGAAGCCCGACCCCCUGCAUGGUCUGCGGGUGCACUCCUGGGUCCUGGUGCUGUCAGGGAAGCGUGAAGUGCCUGAGAGCUUCUUCAUUGACCCUCUGACUGGACGCAGCUACAGUACCAAGGAUGACCACUUCCUGGGCAUUGAGAGCCUCUGGAACCACAAGAACUACUGGAUCAACAUGCAGGACUGCUGGAACUGCUGCAAGGACUUGAUCUUUGACCUGGGAGACCCUGUGAGAUGGGAGUACAUGCUCUUGGGGACCGAUAAGCCUCACCUGUCCUUGACUGAGGAUGAUGAUGAAGGGCUAGAUGAUGAUGAUGAUGCAGAAGACCUGGGCAAAGAGGAGGAGGAUAAGAGCUUUGACAUGCCGCCUUCAUGGGUCGCCCAGAUCGAGAUCACCCCAGAAGAGUUUGAGACCCGUUGCCCCAGUGGAAAGAAAGUGAUACAGUACAAGAAGGCACACCUGGAGAAGUGGUCCCCAUACCUCAACAACAAUGGCCUGGUGUGUCGCCUCACCACCUACGAGGACCUACAGUGUACAAAGGUUCUGGAGAUAAAGGAGUGGUACCAGAACCGGGAGGAUAUGCUGGAGCUGAAGCACAUAAACAAGACCACAGGCCUGCACGUGGACUACUUCAAGCCAGGCCAUCCCCAAGCUCUCUGUGUGCACUCAUACAAGUCUAUGCUACCUGAGAUGGACCGCGUCAUGGAAUUCUAUAAAAUGAUCCGUGUGGAUGGCCUGGUAAAGCGGGAAGAGACACCUAUGACAAUGACCGAGUACUAUCAAGGGCGCUCAGACUUCCUCUCCUAUCGACACAUCAAUUUUGGACCCAGAGUCAAAAAGCUCACCCAGAACAGUGCAGAGUCCAACCCGAGGCCCAUGGUGAAAAUCACAGAGCGGUUCUUCCGCAAUCCAGCGAAACCUGCGGAUGAGGAUGUGGCAGAGCGAGUGUUUCUGAUAGCGGAGGAGCGCAUCCAGCUUCGUUACCAUUGCCGCGACGACUACAUCACCGCAUCCAAGCGAGAGUUUCUGCGGCGCACGGAGGUCGACAGCAAGGGAAACAAGAUCAUCAUGACACCAGACAUGUGCAUCAGCUACGAGGUGGAGCCAAUGGAACACACCAAGAAACUCCUCUACCAGUAUGAGACCAUGAUUCACCUGAAGAAUGAAGAAAAGCUGUCCCGACAUCAGGCCUGGGAGUCAGAGCUGGAGGUCCUGGAGAUCUUGAAGCUUCGUGAAGAGGAGGAGGAGGCACAUACGCUGACCAUCUCCAUCUAUGACACCAAGCGUAACGAGAAGAGCAAAGAGUACCGGGAGGCCAUGGAGCGUGUCUUGCAUGAGGAGCACCUGCGGCAGGUGGAGGCCCAGCUGGACUACCUGGCCCCAUUCCUGGCACAGCUCCCUCCAGGCGAGAAGCUAACACGUUGGCAAGCGGUGCGCCUCAAGGACGAGUGUCUCAGCGACUUCAAGCAGCGGCUCAUCGACAAGGCUAACCUCAUCCAGGCUCGCUUUGAGAAGGAGACCCAGGAGCUGCAGAAGAAGCAGCAAUGGUACCAGGAGAACCAGGUAACCCUGACGCCUGAGGAUGAAGACCUCUACCUGACCUACUGCUCUCAGGCCAUGUUCCGCAUCCGGAUCUUGGAACAGCGGCUCAAUCGGCACAAAGAGCUGGCUCCACUCAAGUACCUGGCGCUGGAGGAAAAGCUCUACAAGGACCCGCGCUUGAUAGACUUCGUGAAAGUCUUUGUCUGA